UUUAAUGUGAGAACUAAACCAAGUGUUAUUCUGCAGAUAAAAACAAAGUGGAUGUGCACCACAUUACAUCUCGUCACUGCACUACCAACAUGCCGAAGACGCUAUUCCUUUUGAUUAUCUGUAUGGCUGUGGCGGUACAGAGCAUUCCUGCUCCCGGCCAUGGCGGCGUGUGUAACAACGCCUCACACUGCAAUGACGACGAGUGCUGCGUAUCUCUGCUGCAACCCAUAGGGAGGAAGAGGUCGUUAAGUCAACUCGGAAUGUGCUCGAAACUGGGCACAAGCGGAUCUUGGUGUGACCCGUCUUCUCUGUCUGGCCAGCCACAGGCGAUGGUUUUGGAGUGUCCCUGUGCUCCGGGGUUCAAGUGUAUUCCUCAGGGUUGGUCUGGGGGCAUUGUUGUACCGGUAUUGCAUGAGCCAGGUCGAUGUACCAGUAGUGGUGGUAAUUAAUAUAGAAAAAAUUCAUUUCGUCUAGGUGGCAAUUUUGCAAAAGUAAUACUUCGACAGUUUUAUUCCAGACAAUAUCUAAGGAAAAAAAAACGAUUGCAAAAUUUGGUCACAACGAAAGAGCUGAAAAAGCAUUAAAAUGUAUAAAAAAGAA